AUGACUUGGUUUGCUGAAGGAGAUAGGAAUACAAGUUUCUUUCACAAUCAUGUCGAUGGCAAAAGAAAGAAAUUGCAACUGAAGAGGAUCAAAAGUGGCAGUGGGGUAUGGAUUAAAGACCAGGAGCAAUUGGCUACAGCUGCUGUGGAUUUCUAUCAAAAACAGUUCACAAAUGAAGGUGAUGCUUCUGAAAUUUCCUUGCUCAAUAAUGUACCUUCAAUGGUCACUAUGGAUCAGAAUUUGGAACUUAGCAGAUUGCCAACAAUUGAAGAAGUAAGGGCAGCAGUUUUUGAGCUUAGUGGGGAGAGUGCUAGUGGUCCUGAUGGAUUCACUGGCCUGUUUUAUCAAACAUGCUGGGAUAUUAUUGGUGCUGAUAUACACAACAUGGUGCUACACUUCUAUGGAGGAGCUGCAUUGCCUAAAUCCAUCACUCACACCAAUCUAGUGUUAAGGGGAAAGCCAGCUAAUGUGGUGAUCAAGCUUGAUAUGGCUAAGGCCUAUGAUAGGGUUUCAUGGAAGUACUUAUUGCAUGUGCUAAGGAAGAUGGGAUUUUCUGAACACUUCAUCAACAUGGUGUGGAACUUGAUGUCAAAUAACUGGUAUUCAGUAUUGGUGAAUGGGCAGUCCUCAGGGUUCUUUAAGUCGACAAGGGGUGUGAAACAAGGGGAUCCCCUAUCUCCAGCAUUGUUCAUUCUGUCAGCUGAGGUACUUUCCAGGUCUUUGAAUAAGCUCUUUGAAGACAAGUCAUUUGUGGGAUUUGGAAUGCCUAAGUGGUCUGAUCCUUUAAACCACUUGACAUAUGUUGAUGAUACGAUAAUCUUUGCAUCUGCUCAUCCUCCCUCUUUGAGCAAGAUUAUGGCAGUGUUGGGGAACUAUGAGAAGGCAAUUGGAGCUAUUACAGGAUUUGCAAGAGGUAAAAUCCCCUUCACAUAUCUAGGGUGUCCUAUUUUUUAUACUAGAAGGAGGAAGGACUAUUAUGAUGAUCUUAUCAAGAAGGUGAAGGCUAAAUUGCAUUCAUGGAAAGGAAAGUUGUUGCCAUUUAGAGGAAAGGCAACACUCAUCUCUAGUGUGUUGCAAAGUAUGCCAGUUCACAUGUUAUCAGUCCUUGAUCCACCAAACAGCAUCCUGGGGCAUCUACAUAAGACUUUUGCUAGGUUCUUUUGGAGCACAAAGGAAGAAGGGAGAAGCCGACACUGGGCUUCAUGGAAAUNUGGAUUGGGUGCACUUUAUCACGUAUUACCGGAAGACUUUCCAAUCAAUGAAGAUCUUCAGGAGAUAGCAGAACUGCAGAAAGGGGAAGCAUGGGAUGAUCAGCUGCUAGAUCAAACUUUCAAUGAGGAAAUUGCAGAACAUAUAAGGCUAAAUGUGCAUUAUGAAGGCAGUGAGGGAUAUUGGGAUAGGCCAUACUGGAUGCCAACUCCUUCAGGCAAGUUCAGUGUUAGCAGUGCUUGGCAAAUAUUAAGGCAUAGGGCUGAUCCUAAUCAGGAAUUCAAGUUAAUGUGGAUUAAAGGCUUGCCAUUCAAUAUAUCCUUCUUCUUGUGGAGAUUAUGGAGGCAGAAAAUAGCCACCGAUGACAUGUGGAGGAGGCAAAGGCUAAUGGUGAUGUCUAGGUAUUGGUGUUAUCAGUAG